UUUAAAGAGGGUAAAGCAGUAUGAGAGCCGACCCAUGAGGCUAAUCCGACAAGUGAAGCAACGCGUAUUGGCAGCGCUGAUGAACCAACCCUCACCAGCACCGGCACCAAACACGCUUCUCUCUCGCCCACCCUCGUACGCGCCUCCAUCCACCGUUACCUUCUCGACGAUGAACAAGAACACAGAACAAGAACAUCUGGACUCCGUGUUCAAGCAAAAACGAGCGCUCCGAUCCAGGGUCCGCAAGGCCCUCAAGGCUAUGGAGCCCGACCUCAGAUCCCAAGAAGACAAUGCCAUUCAGAGUAUUAUUUUGGAAUCUCCAUGGUUUAAAUCUAGUAGGAGAUUGUGUGCCUAUAUAAGCUGCAGUGCUUUGCGGGAAGUUGACACAUCAAAAUUGUUGUCUGAAACUCUGUCAAAUCCAACUGGAGAUGGCCACACACAGAGAGGAAAAAUACUUUAUGUUCCACGCGUGGAGGACAAGAAUUGUCACAUGCGCAUGCUGAGAAUCUCAUGUAUUGAUGAUCUUGUUGCAAAUUCAAUGGACAUCUUAGAACCAGUUCCAGUGGAUAGUGAUGGAAACGAACGUGAAGAUGUUAUGCUAGCAAAUGAGCCAGUUGAUUUGUUCCUCUUGCCUGGACUAGCAUUUGACAGAUCUGGAAGGCGCCUGGGUCGUGGUGGAGGUUAUUAUGAUACCUUCCUGAAGAAAUACCAAGAGCUUGCCAAGGCAAGGGAUUGGAAGCAACCCCUCCUUGUUGUGCUGUCAUAUUCUGUGCAGAUAAUGGAUGAAGGAGUUAUAGCAGUCACUCCAGAUGACAUUCCUGUGGAUGCUCUCGUAUCCCCAGUCGGUGUGAUUCCUAUUAGCCAAGCUGCCUUAGACAGUCAAGUAUGUACAGGAUGAAGCUUUGACUUGCACUUGGAAGUUGGAAACCAAACCAGUUGAUUGCUUUCUUCGAUAAUGGGAUCUUCAUCCUCCAAGAAACUGGAGUUUGGUUAUGUCAUAAGCGGAUCAAGAAUUGUAUGGUCUCGAUUGUUUGAAAUAAUAAACUAUCAAAGGAUUGGGAUUUUAUGUCA